UAUAAACCGAGGAUUCGUCUGCGUAGAGCUGGUUUCGUUAUCACACACUAACUCUGAUUUCACAACAACCACGAUUUUGAGAUCUGUUCCUCCGCUGCUAGUCAUUCUCAUAGACCAAGCUCAAUCGGUUACCACCACCAAACACCACGAAACUCCUACAACCAACAUCAACAUGACUUGCUGCGGACGUAAUAACGGCCAGUGCGUGUGCGCUGCCGAGGCCACCUGCAGCUGUGGAAAGCAGCCUGCUCUCCAGUGCACCUGCGAGAAGGCCGCCACCGAGAACAAGCUCCCGGAGCAUACCUGCGUGUGCGGUAAGCGCGCUGAAGGAGCAUGCACUUGCAGCCGCGCCAAGAAUGAGAGUGCUUCCGCCAAUGAGGCCAACGAGAUCGACUUCACGACUCAGAAGUAGACUCUCGAUUCCAUUUGAGGUGAAAGUAAGGAGUGGAGCGGGUGUUAUGGCGUUCGUUGGUGAUUCUGGGGUUAUGCAUGCAUUUCGGUGGGGUCGGACUGGGAUGGUGAUAGAUGCCGAAAUACAUACCAAUUCAUGAAAUGGAAUUCAAUGACACUACUCUG